UGGGAUUUUCAACAUCAUCUAGAUCUCUAGUCACCAUGCUUGAACUAGGGCUAAGUGCGAUAGCCUUAGUAACACUCUACCUUGUUUAUAUUGUCUCUCUUCUUGUCUACCGGAUCUAUUUCCAUUCGCUCGUGCACAUCCCCGGUCCAUGGCUUGCCAAGGCGACGUAUCUCUACGAGUGGUACUAUGAUCUAUACCUUCCUGGCCAGUUCACCUUCAAGCUGAAAGAACUUCAUAAAAGAUACGGCCCUAUUAUCAGGAUCAAUCCUGAUGAAGUUCACAUUGAUGACCCCGAUUUCUUCGACGAGCUGUACAGUCAGAAAAAUGGCCGUGCUGUUAAGCCACAGCGAACCGCUGAAGCAUUUGGUCCUUAUUCUUCCACCCUUGCGACUCAAUCCCACGAACUACACCGAAUUCGACGAAGUGCUAUCAAUCCGUUCUUCUCUAAAAAAUCUGUCGUUGAUCUGGUCCCGGCCAUCAGACGGCCCAUUGACAUGCUAUGCGAACGCCUGAAAGAGGUCAGCAGGAACGGAGAGACGCUCAAUAUGAAAUACAUGUUUGCCUCAGUUACCUUGGACAUCAUCAAGGACUACUGCUUCGCAAGGGAACCUGAGAACGUACUCAAGUCUGAUUUCGGUCGUAAGGGCUUCGAUGACGUGGAUGGGUUUAUAGCAGUCAGCCUCUGGAAUACUCAUAUGCCUUGGAUUAUGCGUCUUACAUAUUCCCUGCCUGAUAAUAUCAAGAAGAUCCUGUCGCCCACAAUGGCAGAUGUUCUAGCCUUCCGAUUGGAUCUUUCACGACAAGUUGAAGCCAUCCGCCAUGGACAUGGCAAAGCAUACGAGAAGGUCUAUCAUAGAACUGUAUUCCAUGAGCUUCUAGAAAGCAAGCUGCCAGCCAAUGAGUUGAAACGCGACAGACUCCGAGAUGAAGCCUUCAGCCUUGUUACUGCUGGCUCAGGCACAACGGCGCAUGUGCUUCGUGGCACUGCCUAUCAUGUUGCGGCCAAUCCAGCUGUGCGUCAGCGUCUGUAUGAUGAACUCCGAGCUGCCAUUUCAGACCCAUCUCACCUUCCGUCGCUGGCGGAGCUGGAACGACUGCCCUACUUGACUGCUGUAGUCCAAGAAGGACUACGUCUCUGUGGGCCUGUGACUCACCGUAUUCUUCGACAAUUUCCCGAUAAGACCAUAUAUUGCCAUGGAUACGUGAUCUCGGCCGGUACAACAGUGGGAAUGACAGGGUUCCUUAUCCACCAGAAUAAGAAUAUCUUUCCGGCACCGCACCUCUUCUGUCCGGAACGGUGGUUGGUUGAUGGCAAACGCCUGGAGCGGUAUCUUGUUCCGUUUAGUCGAGGAUCCCGUGCCUGUCUGGGUAUCAAUCUUGCCCGCGCAGAGCUUUACUUGAUUCUCGCGGUAGUCUUCCGGCAGUUCGACUUCGACGUGUCCCAGGUGCAAAGAGACCGUGACAUUGAUUGGAGCCGGGACUACCUCCUGGGAGCGCAAGCUCGCGAUUCUCCGGGUAUUCUAGUCAAGGUGAAGAAUGUCG